AUGAGAGGGCUGGACAAAGGACCCAAUUACACCGAGAAGACGCCACCGGGGAGAAACAAUGAGAGCUACGGGGACUCGCCUCCUUUGGCUUGUCCCCUUGCCCCCUCCCUGUGGCUGGGAGCCCUGUACAUCUUGUACAUCAACGCAGACCAUUUUGACGGAUGGAAGCACAGUGGAUCCCUUGGCUCUGGAGGACUCUGCUACAUGAAGGCCAAAUAG